AUGCGGAAGAUCGUGGGAGCACUAGAUGGCGCUGAUCUGGGUGUUCUGAUUGCAUACUUCGUGAUCGUAUUUGCUGUUGGCAUUUGGGCAAGUCCAUCUUACCUGACCCUUACCUCACUACCUCCUCUUUAAUAAAGUCCUCAUGUAGGAACAGAGGAAGUGUUGGCGGUUAUUUCCUUGCUGGGAGAUCAAUGCACUGGAUUCCCGUAAGUUUCUUGCAUGCUCUAGUCGAACUGAUCGUCUGUCCUAGGUUGGUGCAUCCCUGUUUGCCAGUAACAUAGGCUCUGGUCACUUUAUUGGUCUCGCCGGUUCUGGAGCCUCGUCUGGCAUUGCGAUCGCAGUUUUCGAGUUCAACGUAUGCACUACUUGCUUGUCAUCAUCAUCAUCACCCAUUACAAUCUUCUAGGCUAUAUUUAUCCUCGCUUUGUUGGGAUGGCUCUUCCUGCCAGUCUACAUUGUCUCGGGUGUAAGUUAUGUGAAUUUGAGGUCUUUUGACGAAGUACACUAGAUUGUGACGGUGCCGGAAUAUCUUCGAAAGCGCCUUGGAGGGCAGCGUAUUCGAGUGUACUUGGCUGUAAUUGCUCUUGCCCUUUAUGUAUUUUCGAAAAUCUCGGUAAGUCGCUGUGGUCGUCCAGACAACAUAUGAUUUUGUAGGCCGAUCUUUAUGCAGGCGGCAUAUUCAUUCAACUCUCGAUGCAGAUCUCCAUAUAUCCUGCAGUAAUAAUGCUCCUUAUCAUGUCGGCUCUAUUUACAAUCAUGGGUAAGCUAUGGGAUCUGUGUUUAACUUGCAUAUCGUCCAAAAUCUCCGAAACUGCGUGACCCUCGCAUAUAAAAAGUCAUUUUCUCUUUGUCUGAGUGACUUGUAGUCUAAUUGGUUAGUUUAAUCAUUUUAAAGAGUCAAACAAAUAUGACAUUGUUGCUUUUCGGGAAGGUCACGUUCAGAUGUCUGGAUUAAUUUUAUGAUGUUACGUAGUGAACAACUAAUAUGCAGCUGAACCCUUAAUUCUGGCAUAUUCCAUUAACGUAACACUUUUUUAACAUAUAUCACAGACGUAUUGGCUAAAUGUCCAACAUUUGCCGAUUUUUACCCGCACAUGACGCAUCUGUGGGCGAUUGAAAUCCUAAACAGGUUCACCGGCGUUCUCUGGUACUUUCUGGUAGAACUGCACUUAUCGAAUAACGACCUACACUCCCGCCAGAAAUUAAUAAAUCUGGGGUACUCAGCUACUAGAUUCACGAGUCCUAACUUGACAUGCGCUUGCGUCGCAUCCAACAGUGUUUGAAGCCAAAGAUUGCAUCAAAUGUUGGAGUCGAACCUGAUGAAUCUCGUUCCGUUGACUUCCCCUAAAUUAACCUCUUUGAUUCUGUCAAGAUCUGGAAGUGUCUUUAAGGGAAAUUCCUUUACACUGAAUUUGGUACGCUCUUUUUUGCAAUCUAAUUAGAAAAAACCCCGCCCGCAAAGUGUACUGACGAAACCUUUGCUAAGGCCAAGUAAACAAGUUCAAGGAAGUAGCAAAUAUGAAUGUGGCCAAACAAAGAGCUAAUAAAAUUACGACACGGGAAUCGAAAGGAAAGAGGAAAGAGACUUGUGAUAAUCAGCAUUUAAUUUGCUUUUCAGGCGGACUUACUGCAGUCAUCUGGACGGACUUCGCCCAAACGGUUAUUAUGAUAACUGGCGCUAUAUACCUAAUGAUACGAAGUAAGUUUCAAAAGUCGCUUAACACUUUCAAGUUUUAUCUGGAGCAUCUUGCUUGUUGAACGCCUUAGGCUGACAAAUGAAUACCCAUGAAGGUGCCAGCUAGAUUUUUGUGCGCGUAUACUUGUUGAUUCGUCAAGGCUAUACCUCUGAAUGAGACCGAAUGUUUUUUAAAAGAUAAUCCAACAUUUUUGGCAAUACUCUCAAAAUGCUCAAUCUUCUGAAAACCUCACUCACUUUGGUGACUAGUUGAAUGUUAAACAAACUUAAUAUUGCUACUUCUUUUAAGGUCUACAAAUGACCGGCGGAUUCGAUAGUUUAGUAUUCCACUACAUGAACGGGAUCCCCAACACGACACGUGUCUAUCAGAGUACACCAUUUAAGCCAAAGGACCCAUCAAAGGUCGAAAACUUUGCACCCGAUCUGUAUGGCACUGCUGAGGACAGGAAGGCAAUUCUCAACCUGGCUGCCCCCGAAGUCCGGAAUCUGGGCGUCUAUGCUGAGUGCAACAUUCCACCGGAUGAUGCAAUGAACUUCUUUAAGGCGCUUAGCAGUUCUGAUCUGCCCUGGGUGGGUGUCGUUUUCGGGUUGAGUGUGAACGCUACAUGGUAUUGGUGCACGGAUCAGGUAAGUUUCAGAAGUGCUCUGUCGUUUGCUUAUUCCUGAAUCUGCCUAAGAAUAGUAUUACAUGGUUUUGCAAUGUUUGUCAACUACAUUAUUCUUGCAUUUCUCACAUACUGGUGAGAAGGUAAUUGGGAAAGUGUAGCACCUUCCAAACAGUGAACAAACCCUUCAAAAGUGGAACGAGUUGGAUAACUUUCUUCUAGGAAAAUAACACACUAUCCGUUAUAUGUCUCUUUUUAUGAUCCGACCGUUGAGCAAACCUCCGAAGGAAUCUGCAUAUCUGAAAGUCUCUGGAACACAUGAAAAUAGCUGACUAAAAGAUCAAAACAAAGAGGAUACGAAAAUAUGAUUUGCAAGAAGCCAGAUAAGACGUUUUAUACUCAGACUGGAGGUCAACUUUAAAGAAUGAAAAUUUCACAGAUCUGUCUAUUUUUAGAAAUUCGGUUCAGCUCAGUCGGACUUGGAGGUUCCUUCGGUAGUGUGGGGACAAAAGCAGACAGUUUACCUGACAAAUAGUCAUUAGUGAUGCAGUUGAACGUAAUCUCAAAAAUCCGAUAAAUAUAUUCACCCCCUCAAAGAGCGAACUUUACCCUCAGAUUAAUUAUUUUAAUUAAAACCGUCGCUUCCAUCGAUUAGAACCAAGAAGUGGGAAACAAACGAAAAAACCUGAACCUGAGUGAUUUUCAGCAGUUUUUUCAGUCAGUUUCCAGUCGUUUAUCUUUUCGGUUCUCCAUGUGGCUCAAUAUUUAAUUUAUGUUUUGAGCGCUGACUGAACCAACAAUUGUGGCUUUUUACUCUCCACAAAAAAUAAUGCGCUAAUUUGAGGUAUAUAAUUCGAAAUGAAGCUUUAUAUGCUUUACGUUAAUAGCUGAUGGAAAUACAUCAGCUCCAGUGGGAGGGCCACGAUGGUUUUAGGGAGAUAAAUGCUUUAAUAUCCCUAAAUUGCUAAUAGUUGGCAAGUAAUAUACACAUGUUGUGCGUAACAUGUCUACAGUAUUGGUUGACCGUUGCAAUUUGCGAAUAUUACACAGUGAAAAUGGUGGACUUGGGCUCAGAUAUUCAUGUUAACUUUGGGACUAGCCCUAAAAAGCUUCACUCUGAAUUAUUUAAUCCAAGAUUACGCAUUUAUUUCUAGAAACACUAAGAAAAUGAGAUUUCACAAUUGGUGUAUCGAUUAGAAAGCACACGGGGAACUUUGAGAGCCCCACUAACGAGCCGAAUCUCUCGCAGCUACGUCAUGCAGUGGGAUCAUAUCGGGAAAACACGCGUCCGGGCAUUUAUUUAGUGCAUGUGCUGUCAGCAUGGUAAAUCACGCAACGCACGUAUCAGUAAUAUAUUGGACAGGGCAAACAUAAUUUUCGAAGUGUUCAUCUGCUGAAUGUCUGUAAUGAAACGAGCCACUAACUUUUCAGCAAGUAUUAAACACUUUUCCUAAACCAAGCGUCUGACUUGUCGCAACUAGCAGAAUGUUGUUAGAGCAAUAGGCAAAAGUAAAUUCCAUGCAUGUGAAGAAACAGACGACCAAUAAGAGAAAUCAUUGGCUGACCACGCGCCUAGAUAUUGAGUAACAUAAGUGUCGAGAGACGAAUAUUGCAUAAGAAACCCUCAUUUAAGUAAUCUCACCGAAUAUCUCUGGACUCACUGGUUUCCGAAAUUUCCUUGAAGGCAAUUGAUAAAAUCAACACUUGGCUCAGUGAUUAUCGGUAACUUUCUAGCUUACCUAGGGCAUAGCGGGUCAUAAAUGCUGAAUAAAAAGUCAGUUUGACAAACAUAUGUUUUCGUUUACUCAUCAUCAAGCCAAUACGAUUACAUAGAAAUUGAAAAAGUGACUCAGGGAUAAUUCAUCGCUCCCACGCCACCCGCAUGACGAGGUCGGCGUUUUAUGGUCAUUGGGACAAAAAAGGAGAGGGAGAGUGACGUAGGCUGUGAGUGAUGUUCGUAAGUCGGGUACGUGGAGUACACAUCACUGCCAUCAGGGGAUUGGGGCAGCGUGUAAUGACCAUCUGGGGGUCGGCAUUGGCCACGGAAUACAGAACGCCAUGUAUCAACGUCUUCUGACAACAUAGCACUGGAUAGGCUGGCUGCAUAACCACUGCGUCGGCUGUACGUAACACCCGUUGGCGUAGGCCUCCGGUGAAAUUUUCUCUUCUCCGGUAGACGACCUACAAGGCUUAUUUAGCAUCGACUCGGUGAUUCGUAUCGAGAAGAUGUGCAGGAAUAGGACUCGCAAUCGAUUUCUCUUCCCUUCUGCCUAGCCAGGCCGGUAUGUGUCCACAUACUAUCUUUUCCAGGCGCCUCGUUUUACGGUCAAUGUAUCCCGCUCCACAGGACCAAUUGAACGAGCAAAUGCACAUCGAUUUCGUGAAACGUACGCGCAAAUUCGCCGCUGGGAAGACGUUAGUGAUCGCUGCUUUCAGACGUCAUCUUACCAAGUCUGCAGAGGUGAAAACACAUUGAUUUCGAGUUCUAUUCCUGCACAUCUUCUCGAUACGAAUCACCGAAUCGAUGCUAAAUAAGCCUUGUAGGUCGUCUACCGGAGAAGAGAAAAUUUCACCAGAGGCCUACGCCAACGGGUGUUAGGUACAGCCGACGCAGUGGUUAUGCGGCCAGCCUAUCCAGUGCUAUGUUGUCAGAAGACGCUGAUACAUGGCGUUCUGUAUUCCGUGGCCAAUGCCGACCCCCAGAUGGUCAUUAAACGCUGCCUCAAUCCCCUGAUGGCAGUGAUGUGUACUCCACGUGCCCGACUUACGAACAUCACUCACAGCCUACGUCACUCUCCCUCUCCUUUUUUGUCCCAAUAACCAUAAAACGCCGACCUCGUCAUGCGGGUGGCGUGGGAGCGAUGAAUUAUCCCUGAGUCACUUUUUCAAUUUCUAUGUAAUCGUAUUGGCUUGAUGAUGAGUUACCGAAAACACAUGUUUGUCAAAUUGACCUUUCAACUGUAACAUGGGAAUAUUUGCAGAACUGAAUGAGUGGAACUUAUUCGCACUUCUUGUGGUUAUUACAGGUUAUGCAUUUGCGCUCGUUAACAAUGAAAAUCAUGUUAAUGUUCUUCAUGUUGUGAUAAACUGCUUGCAUAAAUAAACAGAACUUACAAUUGAAGAGGAUAAGUUCGACAAACUGCAUUCUUAGAUUUCUUUUUGGGCAGGAAACCAAAUCAGUCUAUCGAGUUAGACCUCAUAAGAACACACUUAGGGACCUAUACCCUGAACGCAUAAGCUUUAUUCCAAAAAGGGAACAGAACGUUACCUACGGUCUGUUUUAAAUGUGCGCUCCAGGAAAAUGCACGGAGCAGAAAUUAACUCACACAAGUCCGCCGUUAAAUGAAGCGAACUGCCUGACAACGUUCAUAACGCAAUUUAAUGACGACUGCCCCUUAUCAAUGCAAUUGACUAACGGUGCCUUGUUCGUGAACGUCACUUCAAGCAUUGUCUGUAGAUCGACAUGUACUUGUGGAGGGGGGCAUGCUGGGCGAAAAUAAGGGCAGCUGGUCACCAUAUCAGUUAAAUGCAUACCCAUACGGCGUCUCAAGCCAGAGAAAAAAACUCCUAUCACCAAGCCUCGGUGGGGCACUGGAAUACGCAAGCUCCCAUAUUAGAGGGCGAGCGGGGGGAUACCUAUUCCUGAGUCCAACCUCAAACAACUGCCGGAUGAUAGAUACUCUUUUGAGCCAGAUUUGAGUACUCAUCUGGGCCGGAGAAGUGCAGAGUGUGUUAUGUGGAAAUACUAUAGAAUUGACGGCUACACCGGACGGUUGCAGACAUCUGGAUUACGUCGUCAGUCUGGCAUUAACUCAGAAAUAGGCUAGAUCGCAGUUGGUAGGCAGGAAUGGGGAAGCGGGCGGCGACCUUAACCCUCAUCCUAACCUUAACCCUAACCCCAACCUUAAACGCUAACCGUCAACCUUAACGGCAACUCUAACCCUAACCGAAAUCGUAAAUGCAACCGUAGCCCUUAGAUAUUGCCGUAACUGGAAAACCUAAUCAUAAUACUGAAACCUAAUCGUACGCUCAAAGACUAACUGUAACCCGAAAACCUAAGUCUAAAGGCAUAACCCUAACCCGAAAAUCGGAAACCAUUAACCAGUACCCUCAUCCUAACCUCAGACCUAAAAUGGAUGCCAACUGGGUCAGAUGUGACUAUGGAACACCACAAAUAGCUCCAGUAAAGAAAACCCCCAACCACCUUUAAUACGGGACCUGGCUACCAACUGCGAUCUAGUCCAGAAAUAUUAUAUUCUUAUUGUUGUUUUUUAUUUUUUUCCCACCGCUUUUUGCUUUCUCACUGUUUGCACUUCCCUCCCCUCGCGAACUGCAUGGAGGAUGCGACAUCUCUAUUGAACAUGAUUUAUCAAGCUAUUACAGAUUCUCAUGUCACAAGUCUUGCAAGCUUAACUCUGAAAUCUAAUCUUACUAGUGUUCACGCUCAUUGUUUGAAACGAUCACAACAUGCUGCGUGUUCCCUCCCUCAUAAUUGGUAUUACGUGGCUCCAAGAGACGGGUAAAGGAGCACGGAACUAUCUCAUUUACGCAGUAUGUUAUUACCGACAAAGACAAGGGAGAUGGAAUGGCCAUAACAUGUAAUAACAUACUGCCUAUAUCAUGCACCGCUGUGCGGCUGCUGGUUGGGCUCGAGAGAGAGCCCGUAAGGCACAACGGAACGAGUGAGUUCCAAAAGAACGAUCGAUGAGCGCCCCCCACCAAUAUCUCAUUUACGCCAAUGAAUCUGUGAAAUCUGCUUCAAGUCUUCUAUAAGUAAGCAGGAGACAAACGGAAAUGAAACGGCACUGUAGAAAAGGGUCGAGAUCUAUUGACGAGAGGGGACAGUUUAAUACAUACUGGUUAGAAGUGUGUCCAUACUCAUGCAGCCGAACGGUGUUUGAAAGUGAUAGAUACAACCAACAACACGUAGACGCACUGAGACGACCACUUGCGUUUGUUAGUCGCCGUCAGCUAAUGGUACUUCGACGAAAAGUGCUGAUAAAUCAAAAUCUUUGAUUGAAUAUCGCAUUCGGAGCACAUUAAAGCACUUGUUUGCAAUCAACACGGAGCAUAAAGAAGAUACACUGUUAUUCAUAUAUGCUCGGCUCUCGUACUCUUUUUCAGGUUAUCGUACAGCGGACUUUGGCCGCCAAAAACCUUGUCCACGCCAGGGCAGGUAUCAUUCUAGCCGGCCUGUGCAAAAUGUUGCCCCUAUGGUUGAUGAUCAUGCCUGGAAUGGCUGCUCGCAUUCUUUUUACAGGUAUGGAAGUGAAUAUAACUAUAAAACAAAUGUUUACAAACAGUAUAAACCGUUGGAAUUGUGCACACGUUUAGCGUCUUUCCUUACUAAGGCGACAUUCACAGGUAAUCUCAUUUAUGCAACCACACACAGUACCCGAAACAUAUUUUAAGGAACCAAAACAGUUUGGACACAGGUUGGCUAGCCCACUUUUUGGUUAUCGACGCCUCUUUCUUUUGAAGUUUUCUCGUUAAUUAAAACAACUGCAAAUCUGAAAGAGGUCGAGAUUUUUGGUCAAACGUCUGACUAGUUAGGAGUCGCUAACGUUAAGCAUAUGCACGGGUAGACACCGUGCACUACAGGGAGCCCAAUAGGAAACUAGCCAAUGUUGUUAGUGAGAAAAGAAAGGCAAAUGAAUUAUUUGGGAGUUUUAAGAUGUUCACAUAGGAUGUCACUUGUCUGUCAAAAUCGUGGUAGGGCACGGGAAUAGAAACAGAUGUUUUUUGCGCAAUUCCCUGGAGAUUAGGGCUGGGGUUUAGGUUAGGGUCUGGGGUUUAGGUUAGGGUCUGGGUUUGAGGUUAGGUUAUGUUUUGGGCUUUGGUUAGGGUUGGGGUUACGACAGGGAAUAAGUACCUUCCCUGGAAUCUAGUGCAAAACCACCUGCAUUACCGGUGGAAAGAUUCCUGUUUCCGCAUCUAACUGAAAUAUAUAAGCCAGCUUCUAAUUUUGUUAACUGGGAGAACGCACUGAGCAUGGCGGCCGUCAGUAGCAAUGAACUGCUGCAAGACAGCUCGACCACUCACAAAGGGGGAAAAACAAGGGGAAAAUGGUCAAGCGGCGAACUGUAUGACAAAAGGAAGAUGAAACUAAUAACCACAAAACAGUGGUAUAAAUAAACGGGGCUUUCAAACCAUGCCUCAAUAGCAGCGUGAGGGUGGGGAUGGUCACUGGGCUGAAUACCGUACGGAGCAUUCCCAUCCCCGCGUGCCUUAGAGAUCACCUAGUGACCACUAGUAACACAGAGUAAAUGUCCACAGACAAAAAACAUUGAAAUGGCCAUUUCGGGCUUAUUAGUCGCCACCAGUCAACCAUAUCUCAGUCAGACGUUUGAACGACUCGGGGCUCAAACUCGGGCUCUUCAAAGACACUUUGGAUUGAACCCCAAAAUAAAAGAGGCGAGCAUGUCCUGAACUGUAACCAAAUCGGUCUCCUAAAAAUUUCUAGCCUUAGAAUCUAGCCCACUCGUUAGCUGCUUGAAAGUGCAUUCGGCUAUACACCGUAAAGACUAAAUGCCAAAUUCAAAGGUACUAGAAGGAAGAAAGGACCCGCUCUAAAAGAUAAACUAAAAUCUAUUUUCCCCCUAUCAACUAGAUAAAUAUGUCUACUAUAGUUGAUAAGCUCUUGAAAUGUAGCCUCAGACCAAUCAAAAGAAGAUUAUGUCAUGGCCACACUACACCUACAAAUAUCAUAGUCAACCCAAUAAUUCGCCCAACCAGGAGUGUCAAACAUUAGGUGAUUAAGCUGUCACUCCCAGAGAUGGCUCCACUUUCCAAUCCAUUACAACACCUAAGAUCGGUAUUUUUUGGGUGUGCAUGCAUAUGUGGGGCUGGUUAUGGCUGAAUGAUGGCGGCUCAGCUGCCAGAAGUCCCCAUCACAGCCCCCCUUCCUCCUUCGGCCUAAUUACUGGUCGCCAUACGAUAGAGAAGUGUGCGCAUAACCGAAACUAAGAUUAUACUUCCGAGAUCUUGAAAGCAUUGAUACAGGUAUCUUCGCCAUAAGCAUAUAGGGUUGAGAGCAUAUCUAAGUUAAUAGAAGACUUCUAUGGAAUGAGCUGAAAUUUAAAAUUAUAAGCAGCUAACGGAUGUGAAAAUGUGAACAGUAGCAACAUAAGAAUCUUUGAAGUAAAACGGACAGUGUGUUUAUAUUUUAACCAAACAUAUUUCAGACACGGUUGCUUGUGGUUCGGCAGAGCUGUGCGCCAAAAUCUGCGGAAAAGCGGUUGGAUGCUCUGACAUCGCAUAUCCCUCGCUUGUCUUAAAUAUUCUGCCUUCGGGGGCUCGAGGUCUAAUGCUGGCUGUGAUGAUGGCCUCGCUGGUAUCAAGUCUGACCAGCAUCUUCAACUCCUCCUCUACCAUCUUCACCGUGGACAUCUGGAAGCUGAUUCGUCCCAACUGCAGGGAUGCUGAACUAAUGAUCGUCGGCAGGUGAGGAUCAGACAAAUGACUGACUAGACAUCUUUCUCACAUAGACUUCACUGAUAGAGUGGAAGUCGCAAUUCUCAAAAAGCAGAAAACAGCAUACACCAUUCUUUAUCUUCCCCCAUUUUAAGGGUGUGCGUCAUUAUUCUCGUGGGCAUCAGUAUCGCCUGGAUUCCAAUUGUCCAACUGAGUGACGAGUUGUUUGAUUACAUUCAGUCCAUCACUGCUUACCUUGCACCGCCCAUCUGCGCUGUCUACGUCUUAGCAAUAUUUUGGAGGAGGACGAACGAAAUCGUAAGUACAGUCUACCCUAGGAAGCAUAAUUACCUUAUAGUGUGUCCAUCUAAUGUUCGUCAGUUGUUUAGGGUAUAUGAGUGUGUAAUCCAUGUUUGCUUAUUUUUGCCACCCUCUAGGGUUGCUUUGUGGCGCUGAUCGUAGGCCUCAUAAUUGGAAUCGUUCGCUUUGGCUGGGAACUAGGACAUCCGAAAACCCCAUGUGGUCGGGUCGCCACGAAUCCUCCACACGCGCUUAUCCAAGUCCACUUCCUGCAUUUCUCCAUCCUCCUGUUCGGAAUUUCUUCUCUCGUUAUUAUCUGCGUGUCCCUGAUUACUCCACCGCUUCCCGCGAAAUACGUAAGUAGGUUUCUUUGGAACGGCCAUCACGGUUCUCUAGGGAGUGGCGAUAGUUUAACAGGUCUUGGCAGUAGAUACUGGUUUCUUUUGGGUAUAGUCGACCGUUCAUACAAUUUAAGACUUGAAUACAGUCCUAUUUGAGUGGCUGCUUUUUGAAGGCUCUGCCCUAUUGUGCAUAUAUGCCAUUUUCACAUCGUGUGAACCAUUAAAUAUGGCUCACGUUUUGGAAUGGAAAUGUAUAAUAGCGGAUUUAUAUGCUCAAGUAUUUACAGUCUCUACAAGGAACAUACAUGUCAGUCGUGUAAAUGAAGAAAAAGGGCAAAAAUAGAUACAUCUACGAUCAGGAAGUUUGUUUCUCAGUGAACAAUUGCAGGUUGGAACGGCGGUUUGCCAUUUAGUCGAACUUACAUGACAGCGUUUACCAACUUAUGAAUUGGACUGUUCUGUUGCCCAUGCUAUGUGCUUAAGGUAAAAUGCAAUAAGCUGAUAUCUGUCCUGCAAAUCAUUCAACAUUAUGACCACAAGUUACGUUAUACUUUUGUAGACUAGACGUCUUACUUUUGCUGAGAGACAUGAAGCCUUUGACAGGGAGCUUGACGGUCCGAAAUUAACCAUUGUCUCGGCGGAGGAGAAAGAGGUGUACAGCAGGGGUGAGUGCAGGCACAUUUUGUGGGCAGAAACCUUUUCCAGAACCGUUUUAAAUACAAAGGCACUAUAUUCAGUGUUUAUAACCACGAUGCUUUAACUUUUAGAGAAUGAAAUGGAGCGGCAAAAGAUUACUUGGUGGAAGAAUAUUAUCUACUGGUUCUGCGGCACUGAAAGUAUGCAAGGUAGUAAUGAACCGGUCUACACCCAAGAAGAGGCUGAUGAAAUAGUUGAACUUACACAGAAACAACUGAGCAUCAGAGAAGAUUCGCAGGAAGUCCUGUUCGUCGACGUUGGCAUGGCAGUUGUACUGGGCAUGGCCAUCUUUGCUUCAGGCUUUUUUUCAUAG